AUGACUGAAGCAAAGAUCUCUGUGAAUACUACUGCGGCUCCAGCAGCUCUGUCAGCUACGGGAAACCAAUCCCAUUCACAUAACUUAUCCAUCAACUCCAUCUCUUCUAUUGCCGAACCAACAACACCUCCCACGGCUACUACAGGUUCCAAACUGUACUUGUGGGACUCGGCUAAAAUGAAUGGUACUUUGGCGUUGCCUACUUUCAACUUGGAUUCUCAGAAAGCGCCUGAAACUACUCACAUUCGGCAAUAUUCUUUGGAGUCUGAUCCAUUGGAGACGGAAAAUCAGAGAGCGCGCGCAUACCCGCUUAACCCGGCUAUAGUUAUCGCUCCUCCUGUGAAAAUUGACAAGGAGUACUUGGCUUCUAUCAACAAGACCCCGUUAUCUCAGUUGAAAGAUCAAAUCUUUCGCUUGGCCAAAGAUCAACAUGGCUGCCGGUUCCUUCAAAAGCGUAUCGAUGAGAACGUCGUGUCAAAUUCUCAAACAAGAGAAGCAAACUUUGAGGUGAUCUUCGAACAAGUGCAUCCCAUUUUAUAUGAGUUAAUCAUUGAUCCCUUUGGAAAUUAUUUGAUUCAAAAACUCAUUGAUUAUUGUGAUGAAACAAAUCUCAACUUAAUCUUAGAGACAUUACAAUUUAAUUUGUUUCUGAUCUCUAUCAACCAACAUGGCACAAGAGCUUUGCAAAAAGUGAUUGAUCGUAUGAGCAGCGACUAUCAAUUAUCACUAUUGAUUAAAGGCUUGAAACCAUACAUCAUUGAGUUGAUUAAAGACUUAAAUGGCAACCAUGUUAUUCAGAAAAUCUUGAAUAAGUAUUCUCCUGAAAAUUGUCAGUUUAUUUAUGACUCAAUCAUUCAGGAUUUACUUGUUGUUGCUACUCAUAAGCAUGGGUGUUGUGUUCUCCAAAAGUGCUUAAACCAUGUAAACCCAUCACAACUUAUGCAAUUCUCAACUAACAUCUUGAAGUACAACGUUUUUAUGAAGCUUGUUAAUGAUCAGUUCGGUAACUACGUGUUGCAGUAUCUUAUUUCGAUUGAUUCGAUCGAUAUUAACGGACAGCUCUAUAGCAACUUUGUGAGGUUCGGUGUGAGCGAUUUGUGUAAGCUGAAGUUUUCAUCCAAUGUGGUAGAAAAACUUAUGAGAAAUUGCUUCAAUAAUGAGUUCAAAUCAGUUGAGUUUUCCAAUCUCAAAUUUUCUUUGGUAUCCCAAAUUUUAAGUUCCGAUUUGAACAAACUCAUCAAUGAUCCAUAUGGAAAUUAUGUUAUUCAGACAUUGAUUGACACUUUGAUAAAUCCUUCGAUAACUUACUUAUUCGACCUGCCAGGAGGUGGUCGGAUACUCCUUCCUUCUUUGCAAAUGCUUGUUGCUGAAGAUUACCAAAAUCAAAUGGAUAGCUUACAGAUUCAAAUUAUCAAGAGAUGGUUCAGAAACUGCAAGAUUGUGUCCUCAUUUGGACGUCGUAUUCAGCUGAAGAUCAAUAUUAUCUUGAGCGGAUACUCUAAAGUUCAACGCAAAUCGUAUCCUUCUCAAAAUGGCAGUAGCAUGCCCUUCAUUCCCCCAGUUUCCAACCAAAGUAUGAAUGCCAAUGGAGAAUUCAUUCAUACAGCUGGUUUUACUGGCCUGAAGCAGAUUUCAAACCGCAGCAUGAGCCUCGAACCCCUUCAACUCAACCCUUAUCUUGGCUACAAACAUCUGUAUGCUAACUCGCAUGGCCAGGAGGCUUUUGCACGUCAAGCUCAAAAUGGUUCAGUACAAGAUUUUGGGAUGAAUCAGUUGAGUUUUGGUGGUUAUUCCUUGGCUCCCCACAACUCUAACAACGGUGCUUUCAGAUCAGCUCCGCGGAAUCUUCCAUCGAAUGCUGAGAUACCGGAGUUUAGAAACCUGGAGUACAAUAUUCCAAACAAUAUGCAUAAUCCCAAACAUUCCAUCGCGUUUAACCCAUGUGCUGUAUCUUAUGCCAAUUCUAAUGAAGCAAUGUUCGAUUAUAAACCCCAUCAGAAUGCUGGCAACUCAGGAAGUGUGGACAACUCGUAUGUCACUCAGCCAGGUUCUAACGGGCUUCAUCAUUACGCGCCUGGACGGCCGCCCAUAGACAACUCAGCUAAAUUGGUUCAACAAAACGUCCUUGCAUUUAAUGCCCAACCUCAAGCUGGUAAAUUUGGACAAGAUUUCCAAUUCGGAAACUCAAAUUACUAUAACCAAACACAUCCCAACAUACCAUUCAAUUCCAUGGGAGGAAAAGGUCGCUUUUCGGGCUAA